AUGAUGUCAUCAGAUUUGGAAAUUGAUUAUACAAGUAAGUGGUAUUACAUUAACAACAUGUAUUUUAUCCUACAAAAUGAUAAAAUUUAUAGAUCAUAUUCAAUACCACAAGGUCAAUUUGAACAAAUUUUUCAAGCUGAUGGAGACAUUGAAGCUUUAUGUUAUGCUUCAAAUGUUUGUGUUCUUGUUUCAGGUGGUAUGGUCUAUUCAUAUCCUGUAAGUUAUAACAGACAUAUUUAUUUAUCACGGGAUUUUUCAGAGGAUCCAGAGAAAACACCAAGUUGGGAAUUGGUUUAUUCAUUCACUCCAAAACUUACUCGAAAUUAUAGAUUUACAAAUUUAUUUUAUAUUGAUGGGUAUUUCAUUGCUUUUGGAUGUGGUGAUUUAGUAAAUAUCAGUAGUGAUGGAAGAAAUUGGUCUGAAAUCACAAAAUUUCAAGAUGUUAGAAAAGCAAUUUUCAAAAAUAAUAUGUUAAUAUUGAUGACAAGACCGGUUUUAAAUACUCACCCAGUUUCAAUAUUAUAUAAUAAAUUCAAUAUUCAUAAUGGAUUAAAUACAAUUCUUGAGAUGAUUUACCCCAUUGGUUCAAUAUAUACAUCAAUGAACUCAACAAAUCCAGCAAGCGUUUUAGGUUUUGGUACAUGGCAGCAGAUUGUAGAUAAAUUCUUAUACUGUGCUAACUCUUCAAAGCAAGCAGGCGGUUCAAAGAAAAUUAAAGAAGCAAACCUUCCACCGCAUAAGCAUACAGGAACUACAAACUUUUCUGGCGACCAUAGACACUCAUUAAGAGACCACCCAUUAUACAACUCAGACUAUGAAGCUGGUUAUGAUGUUUUAUCUCCAGCUUAUAACGAUUCAACAAGAAAGACUUUUCGACAAACUGAACCGGGAGGAAAUCAUGUCCAUACUUUCACAACAAAUCCAACAGGCUCAGGUGAAGAUUACAUGCCACCAUUUAUGACUGUAUUUGCAUGGUACCGAAUGAACUAA